UGCUAUUCAAUAGGCCUAGAUAGAGCCACGUUUGAUAUUUACGUAUUACUUUGAUGUCGUAUUUAUCGUACUGACAUGUAUUGGUUAAUAUUUGACUCUCCAAGAUGAAUGACCAUUUCAGGAGCAGUGUUGCGUAUUGAAUGGUCAGCUUGGCUAAUAUUUCUGCGUAAACGUCGUGUUAUACUAAGCUGUACCCUGGCGAGUGAGUGCCCAUCGUCCGACGGUGAUAAUCACCCAGAAAAGCGCGUUUGUUUGUUUGUUUGGACGGCUGGCUGGCGGAACACACGCGCGCACACACACUCAACACAGCGUGGCCACCGCUGUCCAGCGUGCUGAGUUCUGAAUCCUGCACCGGUCUCCAGGACGAGAGGAGGGAAGGAAGACAAAAGGAGAAGAAGAGAAAGGAGUGUGGGAAGGGGAGGCUACACUGGACAUUUAGCAGGGGAUGGAAGUGAAAAUGUCACCCAAUAAAUCGAAAAUUAAUACGCAGAUAUGACUGUUGAGCAAUCUCGUUUGGGGUGAGUUUUUGCCAAGCAAUUUCACCAGCUAGACUCCUGAUGAAAAUAUGGAAUGAAAUAAUUUUAUGACAACAGUUUCAUGAUUCUCACCAACCAGUACAAUUAAUGAUAACGCAAUGUUUCAUAAGCACUAAAAUGUAGUGUCUGUACACUAAAGGCAGUUAUCAAAAAGUAGACUACUAUUUAAAUAUACCGGAUUCUACACCACGGACCGUCUAGCCGCCAAUAUGGGACUGUGACCGUGCUGCGAGCAACUAGAGGCGGUUGUUUAUGUGGUCUGUGCUCCGUGUGCGGACGGAGUGCGGACCGGACCUGAGCAGCAGUGAGACAUUGAGCCAUGGCAGCCGCUAUUGCCAGCGGUCUGAUCCGGAAGAAGAGGGAGGCACGGGAGCAGCAUGUAGACCGACCACCCCCAAACAGGCGGAGGAAGAGCCCCAGUAAGAACAAGGGGCUCUGCAAUGGCAACCUGGUCGACAUCUUCUCCAAAGUGCGUAUCUUCGGCCUGAAGAAGAGGAGACUACGGAGACAAGAUCCCCAGCUCAAGGGUAUAGUGACCAGGUUAUAUUGCAGGCAGGGAUACUACUUGCAAAUGAACCCAGAUGGUUCUCUCGAUGGGACCAAGGAUGACAGCAGUAACUCCUCUUUGUUCAACUUGAUUCCUGUGGGUCUCCGAGUUGUUGCGAUUCAGUCUGUGAAGACAGGGUUAUACAUCUCCAUGAACGGGGAGGGCCAUCUGUACACAUCAGAACUCUUUACGGCGGAAUGCAAGUUCAAAGAGUCUGUGUUUGAGAACUAUUAUGUGAUCUACUCGUCGAUGCUGUACAGGCAACAGGAGUCAGGGAGAGCUUGGUUCCUGGGGCUCAACAAAGAGGGCCAAGCCAUGAAGGGGAAUCGAGUGAAGAAAACAAAACCAGCUGCUCACUUCCUGCCCAAGCCAUUAGAAGUUGCUAUGUACAGAGAGCCAUCGUUGCAUGAUGUAGGAGAGACCAAAGCGCCCAAAACAGCCGUCCCUCCCAGUAAAAGCACAACCGACCCCCCAGUGAUGAAUGGAGGCAAACCAGUCAGCAAGCCUACUACUACUACUACUACUGCUACUGCUGCUAAGCCCCCCACAUAGCCACAAGUCACCUGGUGUGUGUGUGUGUGUGUGUGUGUGUGUGUGUGUGUGUGUGUGUGUGUGUGUGUGUGUGUGUGUGUGUGUGUGUGUGUGUGUGUGUGUGUGUGUGUGUGGCUGGAGGGAGUGAGGGAGGGACGUACAUGAUGGAGUCAGGGAUUUUCCCUACCAGACUCAAAACCUGCACCCUCUUUCUUCUGUGGAUUAGUUCCAGGCAAUCUCUCGGUCCUUCCUUCCUUCCUUUCUUCUCCUCUCUCUCUUUCUUUCUUUCUCUUUAACUCAUCAAUGGGGGAUCGAUGCAGAAGGGUGGUCGCCUCCGCCCCCACCCCCCAAAACAGAAGGAAGAGUGACUCUGACAAUGGAAUCCGUAAAAAUGAUGUGUGUUUCACGGCCACAUGUGAUACCUUGCUUGCUGACGGUAACCCAAGACCACCACCUCUACAUAUAUGCCCUGUUGCAACAGUGUGUGUGAUUAAGAUCUAUUUUCUAUACCACAGUGCACCAGCUAUGUUCUGGGGUAGAUGCUUUACACACAUAGUAAAAAAGAAAAUGGACUGCUAUCUUCUACUUUUUACAAGUAUAUUCCCGUCUCUUUCUCUUUCUAUUCUCACAUUUUUCUCUUUGUUGAGUAACUUAGAAAAAAGUACAUUUUGCAGGGGCAGUGUGUGGUUUUGUAAUACACGCAUUCAUGCCGAUGUAUACUCAACACACACAGACGCAUUGACACUGAAAUACACUCUUCUUCCCAUACACAACACAUACACACACAAGAAAUAAGAUGCCACCGGUGGCUUGGUUCCAGGGACUCAUUUAGGAAGUCUGGUGUUAGGGAAGCACUACAGAUAUGCACGCAGG